GUGUCAACCAAGAAAAGUGAGAGAAACCUGCAAACGAAAAGUGGCAAACAAGCAGGCAAAGGAACUAUUCUAAUAGAUGCAGAGGAGAUAGCAGACAUCAACGAUGCACUUAUUUUGUCGUUCAGAGCUCAUAAUCUCGACAAAAAGGAUGUGAUGGGGAAGUCAGAUCCAUUCUUGGAAUUCUAUAAAGCCGGUCAUAGUCCAGAUGAAUGGCAUAAAGUCCAUGUUACAGAGGUCAUCAAGAACACAUUAAAGCCUACAUGGAAGCCUUUCAAGAUAGACCUCAAAAAGAUCUGCAAUGGGGAUUAUGACAAGAGAAUUAAGGUCAUGUGUUUCGAUCAUGACGAGGGUAGUGCAAACGAUUUGAUAGGGGAAUUCUACACAUCCGCAAGACAAUUUAUUGAAAACGGCAAACGUGAGGUUGAAUGGGAGUGCAUUAACCCAAAGAAGAAAGCAAAGAAGAAGAAUUACCAGAACUCUGGCCUUAUAUUUCUUAAAUCUUGUGAGGUGAAGAGGGUCUACACAUUUUUAGAUUAUAUCUUGGGUGGCUGCCAAAUCAACUUCACAGUGGGUAUCGAUUUCACCGGGUCAAAUGGUGACCCUAACGAGGAGUCAUCACUACAUUUCAUCAAUUUGGAAUCUCCCAACCAGUACACACAAGCCAUCGUGUCUGUUGGUGAAGUCAUACAAGACUAUGACAGUGAUAAGUUGUUUCCAGCGUUAGGUUUUGGUGCCAAGAUUCCCCCGAAUGGAACUGUUUCACAUGAAUUCCCUAUCAAUUUCCAGCCAAACAACCCUUUCUGUGCAGGUGUCAGUGGUAUCGUAGCAGCUUACCAGUCGUGUAUUCGGCAAGUAUCGUUGUGGGGUCCUACCAACGUUGCACCAAUCAUCAACCAUGUUGCCAAGUUUGCCCAUGCAGCUUUAAAUGAGAACAAAACAGCAUCGCAAUACUUCAUUCUCCUCCUGCUGACAGACGGUGUCAUAACGGAUAUCUACGAGACCAGAGAUGCAGUGGUCAAAGCUUCCCAUCUCCCCAUGUCCAUUAUAAUCGUUGGCAUCGGAGAGGCAGACUUCACUGACAUGAGAAUGCUGGAUGGCGAUGAUGGCGUUCUGAAGUCACCGAGUGGAGAGCCAGCAGCAAGGGACAUUGUGCAGUUUGUUCCCUUCAGAGAUUUCAAACAGGCCUCUGCUGCUCAGCUAGCCAAAUGCGUUUUGGCGGAGGUACCAAAACAAGUUUCAGAAUACUUUGAAAAGAAGGAUCUCUCACCUCCAGUCCUCCACCGAUUAUGAGCAUGGGUGCGCUCUACACCUUCCCAUCAUGCACUGCACCUGUCGAACAAUUUUAUUCACUCUGUUUAUAUGCUGA